CUUGUCAGAAGAGCUUCGCGGUCGAUUAGAAAAAAUUAAAAAAACGAUAACGACUAAAAACGGAAAAUGCUAUGAGAAAGCAGCGCGACUCUUUUUGUAUUUAUAUUUCAGAAUUAUGAAUAAAGUUGUGCAUAUUUUAUAAUAAUUCGUAAUAGUUACAUUGCAGUAUAUAUAUUUAUAUACAUUUAUAUUGAUUUAAUCCAGUGAUUUGCACAAAUAUAACGAAAUGAAGGAUCCCUUUGUCACCGACUCGUGUAUUGAUUCGCCCGCAAGGGAUAGUUUAAAAAAUAUUGAUGGGUGUUACAGUAAAAACUUAUUUAAGAAUAAGCCUUUUAUAAAUUCUCGUCGUGCCUUACAAUCCGGUGCAGAUAAAAUAUCAAAAACCUUCAAAAGUGUGAGAAAUACUUUCGGAAAUCUGUCGCAGCAUUUCAGGUUGAGCGGUAGAAGGAGACAUCGUUUAGCUGAAGCCAGUUCACCAUGCAGGACACCUACUACUCCUGUUACCAAGAAAAAAAUGCUCUUUGGUCGUAGUCCGACUAAGCUAUACAGUCCUUUUGGUAUUGAAACUCCAAGGAAUAGAGACUUCAGGAUCUCCCCAUACAUGCCCAACACACCAGAGCAUGAGAUGUCACCGAAGCGUCGCAAAGGCGUCACACAUUCGUGGCAUCUGCUAGCCAAGAAGCGGCCCCGUGCGCUGUUCCCAUAAUUCCUCACAUAACCAGUGUAGCGCACAACCUCUCGCUUCAAUAGCUUUACGUGGAGUAUUGUAUGAAUGGUGCUAUGUGACCGAGUGUCGUAAGAAAUAAACCUUUUGUGCAUUCAUGUCACUGACAAAUUGUGAAAACAGCUAGAUUAUUGUAUCGGUAGAUCAUGUCAUUUUAUAGCAUUGAAAUGCUUUAUGAAUUAUAAGCUAUUAAAGAAUAGAAAAAAUUUGAUUUUGAGGCUAGGCGUUGCUACGAUUUGCCAAAAAGACAUGGGUUCGAAUCCCGCCUUGUGAUGAAUUUUUUUUUUCGAUUUAUAAAUUUUUAACCGAUAAAUUAUUAUCUUCUUACAAAGUAAUGAGUCGAAAAACUAACAUUUGCUUGUAAAUCAAUGCAUUAUUUGUCGUUAGACUAUAAUGCGAAUACAUCGCAAUUAUGUAUAUGACAACUAAAUAAACUCUUCUGUUUUGCUCUUCAGUUAAAAAUAGAGUAUAUAGCUAUGAUACAUAUUUAAUUAUUAGUUAGAAGUUUCAUAUAUGAACAAAAUGGUUUAUUCCUUACGACAUGGAGCAAGAGGCUCAGACUGCUUAUAUUUUAUUGAUUUUAAAUAUAAGGUUCUCGUAUCGUAUCCUAUUUUGAUGCCUUGCUCAGUGAUAUUUAUCUAUAAACUACAUUAUAGUAGACAUAAUGCACAAACCAUUACGCUAUAUAAAUAAUUAUAUAAUCUUUUAAUCUUGUAAUACAAUAUUAUUUCUAACGCCAGCUGCUAAGGACUAAAAUAUAGACAGAAAAUAAGCUCAAUUGCUUUACAUGGUUAAAACAAGUGUUAUACUGUUAUAACAUAUAAGUUUUCUCUUACCAGCAGGUUAUCAUACCUGGUUUUAGACCAGAUCGCAGCUAGCUGAUUUAAUCAGCCAUUUUAUUAAUAGCCUAAGGCGCCGUUUAAGUCACAUUUUUUAUACGAUUCGCUGUUGUAAUAUUAAAGACACGGAUGGCUAUCAUUCAGGUAGUUAAUUAAACGGCGUUUUAUCAAGAGCCUAAGCUGCAACUGCUAAAAUCAGUUGGCUACGACGUAUAUUCUAAAUUGCUCUUCAUUCAUCCUAUUCAAAUAUCAGUAAAAAGUCUUUGCAAAAUAAGUUAGUUCUCAUAAUAGAAAACUUGUUAAUUAUACUGAAAUAUUAUAAGGCGUGUAUGCCUUCAUCAUACUAAGUACCCACUUAAUAUAAUAAAUACCAUUUUGUAUGUUAUUUAAAUUGUUAGGUUCAAAAUGAAGAACAUUUUAUAAAAUUUAUUUAAAUAUUGCGACAAACACAAAACCAAACUAGCUACCUAGCUAACUUAUGCCCAUACUAGAAAAGACUGAUCAAAAUCACCAGUUUAAGUUUUUUUAUAAUUCCUAACCGUUUAUUUCUUCACACGUCGAAAAGUUGAAGGUUUUUGAGUAAUUUUAGAGUUCCUGCGGAAACGGCACUGCCCACGUGAAAUAAUAAUCAUAUCCAGUAUUAAAUACGCCAAAUUUUAUAGCUUCAAGUAUUAUAAAUAAUUAGUAAGGGUUGACGCUUUUGUGACAAUAUUUAUUAAUCGGCUAAAUUUAUGCAGCGCCUAGACGGUCGUGUUGCAUGACAUGCUUUUUGUGCAUGCAGUUGAACUCUGAAAAGAACCACUGAAAAGAAGCCAAUGUCUAUGAAUAUGUAAUGAUACUUUUUUCGGCUAUUCACAAUUCUUUUGUUAAGACCAAGUCACAAAGAGUAACUAAGACAUCAACAUAGAUAAAACUCACCCUUUGCUUUGGUUUCGCCAAGUAUCAAAUGAUAACUGUUGUUUUUUUUUUAAAUUUGUUAUUAGUGUCGUAUCAUUGGCAUUAAAUAAAAUUCUGAAUAGAUAUUUAAUGUAUCAUCGUAACUCAUAGAAAUCUCUGCAAGCCAGGUUCAAGUCA